UGCCUACUGUCGACGCACGUAUAGUAUCGUCUCUUCCGGCUUGUGAGGUUUAGCCGUACGUAGGUGAUGGUGGAUGUGUAGUAGAACUUUUAUCGACGUUCAUCGUGUAAAUCGUGAUUUUAAAAUAGAGGUAUAAUGUCAGAAACACUUCAGUUAAGAGGCACACUUCGUGGGCACAAUGGUUGGGUUACCCAGAUUGCUACAAAUCCCAAAUAUCCUGAUAUGAUUCUAUCAUGUUCCCGAGAUAAAACCUUGAUUGUGUGGAAACUGACAAGAGAUGAAACCAAUUAUGGUGUCCCACAAAAGCGUCUUUAUGGACACUCCCAUUUUGUCAGUGAUGUUGUUCUUUCUUCUGAUGGCAAUUAUGCUCUUUCGGGUUCUUGGGACAAAACACUGAGACUAUGGGACUUAGCUGCUGGUCGAACCACAAGGAGGUUUGAAGAUCAUACCAAGGAUGUGCUUAGUGUUGCCUUCUCUGUGGAUAAUCGCCAGAUUGUGUCAGGCAGUCGUGACAAGACUAUCAAACUGUGGAAUACAUUGGCAGAAUGCAAGUACACCAUUCAAGAUGAUGGCCAUGGAGACUGGGUGUCUUGUGUUCGUUUUUCUCCAAACCACUCAAAUCCAAUUAUAGUAUCUGCUGGAUGGGACAGAGUUGUGAAGGUGUGGAAUCUGACAAACUGUAGGUUGAAGAUCAACCACAAUGGACACACUGGCUAUUUGAACACUGUUACUGUCUCACCAGAUGGCUCUUUGUGUGCAUCUGGUGGCAAGGAUUGCAAGGCCAUGCUGUGGGACCUGAAUGAUGGUAAACAUCUGCACACUUUGGACCACAAUGAUAUCAUCACUGCGCUGUGUUUCUCUCCAAACAGAUAUUGGCUGUGUGCAGCAUUUGGACCCUCAAUCAAAAUUUGGUUAUAUUGUUUUCAGGAUCUGGAGAGCAAGGAUAUGGUUGAGGAGUUGCGUCCUGAAGUCGUAUCCCAGACAGCAAAAGCUGAGCCACCCCAGUGUUUGUCUCUGGCAUGGUCUACUGAUGGUCAGACAUUAUUCGCUGGUUAUUCUGACAACACCAUCAGGGUCUGGCAGGUGUCUGUUUCUGCACGUUAACCUUUACGUGACAUGCAAAUGUGGAAUAACGGAAGAGGCAUAGGCAUUUUAUUGGGUUUAAGAAUUUUUACAGCCUCUUUUUAAAAAUUGUCAAAUAAAUUGCCUCUUUACCAGAAAU